UCUCUCUCUUUUCACAGUCUUCUCUCUCUUUCUCCUCUCUCAGAUCGACGGCAAUGGCCAGACCAACUCGGGAUGCGAUCGACGCCUACAUGAGCAUCACCGGCGCCUCUGAAUCACUCGCUCUGCAGAAACUGGAGAAAGGUUUAUGUACCAUGCACUGAAUUCUGAUUGGUAAUUGCUAACCAGGAAUACGGAGGCAAUCUCAGCGACGCUGUGAAUGCCCAUUUUGGUGAAGUGGAAGGGAAUAUUCGGAAUUCAACUUCUGCUGCUUUUCCCCAAGACACUAAUAUGGAUAACCAAAAUCAGAUUAGAACUUCGCAACAAGGACUCUUUCCACUUCUCUCUGCUGCAAGGAGUUUCAGGCCUUCGUUGCUACUUGACCCCAGUUACAGAAGAAAUCUCCUUAACCAGAUAGCAGGCUCUGUUUUUGUUGGCCGUCCAGCUGGUGUUCUGGAUACAAGAGAACAGGCAGGGUUCCCUGUAGAGUCAAGUAGGCAGAAUGAGCUGCAUAGCCCUUUAGGACCAAGACAUGCUACUGAGGAUGUCACUAGAGUAUCACCACUUGAUGGCCCAGAUAUUCAUAGGGAUGUAAUGAGGGAUGAUGAAUCACAUAUGUAUGGCAACAGUACAGAAGAAGAAAUGAUUCAAGCCGCCAUUGAAGCUUCAAAGAAGGAGUCAUCUGUUAUUGGACUUUCACAAAGGCGACUUCAACAAGAAGAUGAUGAGUUGGCUCGUGCACUUUCAUUGUCCUUAAUGACAAUGGAGCUAGAGAAAGAAAAGCAGAAGCAAGAAGAACAAAAUCAAUAUUGCCAACUGGGAGUUUAUGAUUCAAGGCAAGCCUUUGAGAAAAAGAAUAGCAAAUGGAAGUUAAAGCCUGGAAGCUCAUCAAUUCAACAUGGAACUGAAGAAGUGGAAGAACAGCGCAAGUCCAACCAUAGUGGAAGUAAUCCACAGCACGCUGAAGACUUGCUCUACUCUGUUGAGUGGGGCAGCAUUUCUUCCAAGGAGCUUGAUGAAGCAGUUAUGCUUGAGACUGCACUUUUUGGUAAAGUUCCUGAGGGUACUUCAUCUCAUCUGCACACUUCUCAUAGGCAAAAUGAUACCCAAAGAAGCAGGAAUAUUGAUGUACAGUCUGGACCUUGUAGCCCAUCACAGUCUCUAAUGGAACAACGACAACUGCAAGAAAAACAGGACAAUGAGUAUCUUGCAUCCCUGUUGACUGAGAGAGAUAAAGAGAUGAAUGCUUCCAAGGAAGCUGAAACAAAGGUGCUUGGCAGUGACAGAGAGGAACUUGAGAGGUGGCUAGCUAUGAAAGAAGCUUCACUUCCUCAAGAACCAAAAGUGGAGAAUGAUGAUGCUGUUGCUCUUCUUGUUCGAAUGCCAAAUGGAAACCGUCUUGGCCGUCGUUUUCUCAAGUCAGAUAGGCUAGAGCAUCUUUUUGACUUUCUAGAUGUUAGUAGAGUGGUGAAGCCUGGUACUUAUAGAGUGGUAACGCCAUAUCCCCGCCGUGCUUUCAGUAUCGAUGAUAGUGCAUUAAGUUUGAAUGAGUUGGGUCUUGCCAGCAAACAAGAAGUGUUGUUUCUAGAAUUGAUUUAGGUACUGUCAACAAUAGUUUUUAACUCCCAAAAAAAUAUGCUUUAUGUUGUGAGCUUGUGUUUCUGACUGUUGGUCCCUGGGUGUGGAGAUUUACCUUGGUGAAGUUAUUUCGUACGAAAUUGACUUAGCUUCUGUGUUUCCCAUGACACCCUCUUGUAUUGGGGAAGCAUUUUACCCAUGGAUAGAUGUAUCUAAUAUAGAAUUUAACUAUAAAGUGAUUGUAAGAACUGCAGCUUUUCCUUUGUGUUUUGUUCCAGCACCAAGUGAUGAAGGUAAACAUAACGUGGGUUGUCCUCAA